AUGCCAAGACAAGGAUCCAAAGCAGAUAUGAUUCGAAGUAGAUUUGUUCGCAAAAGUGCGAAACCCGGGGCAAAGCGGAGGGCAAAGACUAUCCUACUCCUUGGCGCGAAAUCAAUUGGAAAAACUAGCUUGAUAAAGAGAUUCAUCGAUGGGAGUUUUCCGAGCAGUCUUCCGGCAACAGUCGAGGAUCGCUUUCAAUACGACCUCGGCAGUGGAUCUAAUCAACUUUACUGUGAAAUUGUAGACAUUGAUGCCUUCGAAUUUCCACCCAUGAGGGAUUUACACAUCAAAGAGGCUUGCGUUAUUGUGCUCCUUUAUGAGGCCAAGAACCGAAAGUCGUUUGACGUCAUGAAAAAACUGUACAGCAUUAUCACAUCUGCCCGCGAUUAUCCGGUUCCCCUAGUCGUUGUUGCAACAAAAACAGAUAAACUGGAUAGCGGUGAAAUGAUGAAUGAAGUGAAAGAGCAUCAUGUCGACGAGUUCGUCCUUGAUUUGAACUCGUCCUCGUCUGCAGAUGGGGUGAGACACAUGAAUACGUCCGCUAAGUUGGGGUACAACGUUUCAGAGGCAUUUGGUGUAGCCUUUGCCGAAGUGAAAAAUGUGUUUCAAAAUGAGUCAUUGACAGGGGGUAGUUUGGGAUUCACUGACCAGGAAGACGGAGACCGGUCUAAGUGUUGCUGCACUUUGAUCUAA